AUGUCUACCUCAUCCGACCCCAAACCCACCCUAGUCCGGUGGUACAUCGACACUCGCCCCCUAACCGCCACCUCCAACGCCCUCCCCCUCCUCGACACCCUCCAACCCACCGAACAACAAGCCAUCCAGAAAUACUAUCACUUGAAGGACAGACACAUGUCCCUAGCCUCUAACCUACUUAAAUACCUCUUCAUCCACCGCACCUGCCGCAUCCCCUGGUCCCAAAUCACCAUCAGCCGGACCCCAGCCCCGCAUCAUCGACCCUGCUUCAUCCCAUCCGCAGCAGUCCUCUCCGCCUCCAGCUCCUCAAUCCCAACGGUCGAAUUCAACGUCAGCCACCAGGACUCAAUGGUCGCCUUAGCCGGCACUACCAUCCCACCCAAUGCCAAGAAAGAAGAAAUCCAAGUAGGAAUUGACAUAACCAGCACAACGGAACACCUCCGCUCCCCGCGCAACCCGUCCCCUCCCACCCGGUCAGCCUUCCUGGAAUACGUCUCCAUCUUCACGGAGAUAUUCUCGGCGAGGGAACUAUCUUUGAUUAAAUCGCUCACGCAUCCUGUGUAUCAUUAUCCGGUGUCGUCGACGGAGGGGGUGGUGUAUAGUUAUCGGGUGUUUUUUGCGUACUGGGCGCUUAAGGAGGCGUAUAUUAAGAUGACGGGGGAGGCGUUGUUGGCGGAGUGGUUGAGGGAAUUGGAGUUUUUGGAUGUGAGGGUCCCGGAUAAGGAUGGGGAGGUGUAUAGGAGGGUCAGGGUGGAGAUGAACGGGAGGGAGGUCGGGGAUGUUAGGGUUGAGGUGCAGGCGUUUGAAGGGGGGUAUUUGGUUGCUACGGCGGCCAGAGGGGGAGGUGUUGGGAGGAUAGAGGGAGAAGGGAAAGAUGUGUGGGAGGGAUUGAGGAGGUUGGAUGUUGAGGGGGAUGUUAGGGAUUGUGCGGAGGGGAGGUGUGCUUGUUUGGAGUGA